ACAGUUUCUGGGCGCCAGGGUCUGCACCGAAACAUGGCAGAGGUUGGGUCCAAGUCAAUGCUGUUCGUGUGUCUCGGUAACAUUUGCCGGUCACCCAUUGCAGAAGCAGUGUUCAGAAAAUUGGUAAUUGAUGAAAACGUUUCAGAUAAUUGGAGGAUAGACAGUGUGGCUACAUCCACCUAUGAAGUGGGGAACCCCCCUGACUAUCGAGGGCAGCACUGCGUGAAAAAACAUGGCAUCCACAUGCAACACAUUGCACUGCAGAUUGCAAGAGAAGACUUUGCCACAUUCAAUUAUAUACUGUGUAUGGAUGAAAGCAAUCUGAGAGAUCUGAAUAGAAAAAGUAAUCAAGUUAAAAACUGCAGAGCUAAAACUGAGCUACUUGGGAGCUAUGAUCCACAGAAACAACUCAUUAUUGAAGAUCCCUAUUAUGGCAAUGACUCUGACUUCGAGGUGGUGAACCAGCAAUACCUUAGGUGCUGCAAGGCCUUCCUGGAGAAGACUCACUACCUGGUCCUAACCACCACCACUGAGCAACUCACUCCUCAGUGCUGUACCCAAGGGUGGUGGCAGUCCUUAGCCCCAUAUCACGCCUCUCUUUUCAGCUGA